AUGAAGUCUCCGAUAGCUCCCAUCCUUCUCGAGCCCCAUCUCGGCGAACUUCCAGGAAGUUCGCGAAGGAUUUCUCGCAACGAUGCAGCUACCGGAGCAUCUGCCGCAGGUGUUCGCGCUCUCAGUGCACAGAUGGUAGCCUUCUAUUUCAGAGCACCGAUCAAAGCUUUCUUCCGUACGCGUGUCGACUAUAUGGCAUUUGCAAGAGCUGUGAACCCCCGUGUCGCCGAAGGCAAAUGGUCUCUGCAUACGACAACCCCGGGAUUAUUGCUCCACGCCGUUCGGACAUAUGGCUGGCGGUUUAUCCCGAAUCAAGUGCUUCCACCGUUGAUGGCAAAUGCAGGGGUUGGCGCUGUUCUCUACACAUCCUAUCUCCAGGUUUUGGGAGCCCUACAUGAACCUCAGUCCCAAGGGGUCAAGCGAGUCUGGCCCCCAGCUCCUCCUUCUGCAACAUUUGCAGCUGGAUUUACCGCCGGCACAAUUCAGUCGAUUGUAGCCGCCCCUCUAGACGCGUUACAGGUUCGCUUUCAAACCAGUGACAUGCUGGAGGGUCAAUACCGGAGUAUGUGGCACUAUGGCCACCAUAAGCUCAAACAGAUUGGUCUCCGUGGGGUCUUUGCGGGCUGGAGCCUCUCGUUUAUGCGGGAUUCACUCGGUUAUGCUGUGUUCUUCUCCUCGUUCGAAUACAUCAAGUCACAGUCCUACUAUUCCUUCGUCACUUGGUACUAUGGCUCCCUGCAAGUCGAUCAUGUGGGCAUACUUUCAUCGUCCGAGUCUAGUGAUCGCGGUGUGCCACUCAUCAAACCCCACUACGCAUUGGAGCCAUGUUUCCUAAUGAUGGCUGGUGUUGUGGCAUCGGUCGCUCAGCAAACCAUUCAGCAUCCUCUAAGUAGGAUUCAAGACCUUCACCUGGGUCGACUGGAAUAUCUGGAUCACCAGGCCAGUUUCGUACCCUCGCGGCAGAAGAUGAUACGAUUAUACUAUCACGCUUAUCAGGAGACCUUCAAGAGGUGCAAGCGAAAGGCUGCCCGGACCGGAGGCUGGCCCUCUUGGUUGUUCCGUGGGUUCAUCGGGAGCUCUCUUCGCCAAGUACCUAGCACCAGUGCCGGUCUGAUCAUUUUUGAAUUGGUGCGCCGACGGUACGCAAAUCCGGCAGACGCUGUCCAUAUUCAAAAUGAUGGAUAUGACAUCCUUCUCACUUAG